UCCAAGGCCAGUCUCAGUCAUCCAAACCGGCAUCUCUCUCACCCACGCCAUUUCCUGCCUCUAAAAGAGCAUCCCGCUGGCCCGGCCGUUCUCCACGCAGUACUACAACGACUCGACGACGCGGUUCUUCACAAAGUCCUAACAAACAACCAAACGGCUAUCCAAAUUUCCAACCUUUUCAACUCCCAACUCUUUCCCUCGACUCUCUCGCUUUUUCGGCAGCGCCCAAUUGACCGCCGCCGCCGCCGGAAUCUCUUUCCCCACAGCUCUCCCUUCUUUACCAUCGAAGCCGGCUUCCGCUUCCGGCUGCUUUCUGCUGCUCCGUCUCCCCGUCCUCCGCUUCUUCCUAACAUCUGUGAACAGGUAUACUUGCCGCCUUUAGAAAGAUCUGCAGCGAUGCCUUCUGCCGUCUCCCCUCAGUGGCAAGAAAAGGCCACUGUUUUCUUCUCCACCUCAGGUGUAAAACUCAAAGAAGCUGGGAACUCGGCAGGAACAUUUGUUGGGGAAGUUGCAAAGGAUGCUAAAGGUAAUGUUGCUGAUGCUGCGGAACGUGUUGGAUCGGCUGUGAAAAGUCGAUGGGCAAUUCUGAAGGAGCCAUCAACCAGGCAUAUCCUCCAGGAACGUUUUAUUACUGCUGCUGCUACAACUGGCAUGUUCUUAAGAAAGGGCUUCUCCGAGACAAAGGAUAAAGUUUCUGUUGGGAAGACUAAAGUUGAAGAGGUAGCCAAGAAAACUGCCCAGAAAAGCAAGGUCAUCUUGACUGACAUUGAAAGAUGGCAAAAGGGAGUUGCAAGUACUGAUGUUUUUGGGGUUCCCAUAGAGCUAACUGUACAGCGACAACAAUAUAGUAGGCCCGUCCCCAUUGUUUUAUUGAAGUGUGCAGAUUAUCUCAUAUUAUCAGGGUUAAACUCUGUUCACUUGUUUAAAGAUGAAGGGGAAAAAGUUACUGUCCAGCAUCUGGUUUCACUGUUCAACCAAGAUUUUGAUGCUUCACUGCCUGAUGGCAUUAAUCCCAUCGAUGUGGCAUUUCUAAUGAAAUGUUAUCUGGCAAGUCUUCCUGAGCCCCUAACCACCUUUGAGCACUAUGAUGCCAUUAAAGGUGCGCGAUCUAACAUACAUGCAAUGAGAAAUAUCCUCAAGAGGCUUCCUACUGUAAAUUACAUGACACUGGAGUUCGUCACUGCGCUGUUUCUCCGUGUUAGUCAGAAAUCACUUCUCAACAAGAUGGAUGCUAGAAGCCUUGCCAUGGAAAUGGCCCCUGUUGUGAUGUGGCGGAAAGAGCAGAGACCAGAAUCUUAUAGGCAAUACUGGAAUUCCAUGUUCAGAAAUUCGUCCAAGACCGACGGCACAGAUGGGAAACCUACACUCACUGAAUGGGACCUGCUCUCUGAAGAAGGUGAAGAAAUGGAAGUCUCCUCAGCCAUUCCACUGGAUGACGGUGCACCGGUGGACUUUGGUGCUAUUGAAGUUAUACAGUGCCUCAUUGAGCAACACAACUCCAUUUUCACGGACGCAAAUGAAACGGUUUGGAGAUAAGGUGGGGAGCAAGGAAAGGAUCCUUUGUGUUCUUGAAUUCUCUGAUUUGCAGUUUCCAGAUGCAUGCUUCUGAUCUGCUUGUAAAUGCCAGCAUUUUAUAGAUUCUGUGUGUCCAUAAUAUGUUUUAGAAGGGGGAAGCAUUUGGACGUUGCAUCAACAGGUUUUGGUUUGUUUCAAAUUCAAGGAUUGAAAAACCGUAUCAAUGGUCAACUAGAAAAAAAAUCUCCUAUCGAAGGUUGAAUCGAAAUGCAAAAUUUAGCGGUAUGUAAUGGUCGGACCACGGUUUAUGCAUAAAAUCUCAUAUCGUUGACUUUUCUGGUACAACCUUCGAUACGGUUUUACAAUCCUUGGUUUGUUUUUUGUUGGGUGAAGUAUGUUGUGAUUCCCGAAUAUCGGUUGCUAUAGAAACAUAAUUCUUGUCAGUAAGUUGUAGUUGUGGUCCUUCCCGUUUUCCUUUUUUCAGAUUUUUUCCCCAAUGUACUCAUUGCUAUAAGUAAUUCGCAUCAUACAACUACACAUGUUUGGAUUUGGACCAG